GAGGAGUGGGAGGCGGAGGAGGAGUGGGAGGCGGCGGAGGCGGCGGAGGCGGGGUCCGAGCGGGGCCCGGCUUGGUGUUCGGGCGCGAGCUCAGCACGGAUCUCCACCACAUGAAGGUGCUCAACAUCCGCUUCCGCUGCUUCCUGGUGAAGGUGCACGAGCUGGAACGCCGGAACCAGGCGCUGGAGACGCAGCUGCGGGUCCUGCGGGAGGCCACCUGCUCGCGCUGCGGGGCCGCCGGUGGAGGAGGCGCUGGUUGGCUGGUCGCCAGGGGAGGAUACGAAGGGUCGGAGGAAGACGGAGGAGGAGGAGGAGGAGGAGGGGACUGGGCGGCGAUGGAGGGGUUUGAGGAUGGGAGCGGAUAUCUCGGGCAUCCGGGCUCUCCGGGCAGCAGUGCAUUAUGGGAAGGCGGCUGCCCCCCAGGCUCCGGAUUCCCCCUGGGGCUGCCCUCUGGCGCUGCGACCCCUGAGGCUCGGGUUCGCCCCAUGACCCAGGCCAUGGCGACCCAGGCCGACACCAUCACCCCGGAGCUGAGGGCCCUCUACAACGUCCUCGCCAUGACGCGGCGCGAGAGGGAGGAGUUCCGCAGGAGGUGGGACAGG